UGAGUAUUAUCAGUGAUGAGCAGGCUGAUGAGGAGCUAUAAAAGGACAGAGGAGGCAGAGGAGAGGUACACAGUCGACAAACCUGCACAGGUUCAGAAGACGUCAGAAGAAACAGUGAAGAUGAAGGUGUUUGCUUUCGCCCUCCUGCUCCUGGUGGCCGUCACCUACGGUGAGGCCCUGCAGUGUAUCAACUGUGUCCGGGAGGCUCCUGACACUGGGGACUGUGUGGAGACUGUGGAGACGUGUCCUCCAGAGAUGGACACCUGUGCCAAGAUUACCUACCCCGCCCCCCAUGAGAACACUUUCCACAAAUCCUGCUUCAAGAUGGUGGAGUGUCUGAAGCUGGCCAUCACUCAGGGUCUGAAGGUCAACUGCUGCAACUGGGACAGCUGCAACAAAUAAGACCCCAUCCCGCACCAUGAGAUAAUUCAUGUGACCCAGUUAAAUACAAUAAAAACAACGUUAAAAACGUAA